CUUGCUGAGUGAAUUAUUACUAAGCCAUGCGCCACUUAUUACCAGCCACUUCCCAGCCACUUCCAAACUCCCAACCGCAUCUGCUCCCAAAGCAAAAAAAUAUUUUUGAAAAAAGCUGGAAACCAACCACCAGCGCGAGUGAAAUAAGACAGCUUCUUUACUUUCUCUCUGACGUUGGAAGAAGUAUUCUAAAGUACUUUACAAUGGUGAAAAGAGGCAGAGGGACUGUUGGCGAGUCGCAGAUUAUCGACUUGCAGGUUCUGCAGGAUCGAAUCCGCAGACAGCCAGAAUCACACAAAGAUGAGUUUCUCGGACAAUAUCAGCACUACCAGUCUCUUAAAGAGAUUCUGAAUCUCAACCCGAGCGGGUUCGGCGAGACCGAGCAGUUCAUGAAGCAGAUAAAUCUAAUCGCGCACGUCUGCGUCGUCUACCCCUCCGAAACCAAGGACUUCGCCGACGACCUCGGCGAGAUGCUCGUGAACCACCACACUGCUAUCGCGGUCGAGCUGCGAGAGAAGAUGGUGCAGAGUCUGGUGCAGCUCACGAAUCGACAGGUCAUCACCGAAGAACGGUUGAUCCAGAUCUUGUUCCCGCUGCUGCCAACCACAAACUCAAAGGUGUUCCGCAAGGAUAUCUACACGACGCUCGUGCGGUUGCUCAAGAACGCGAAUAAAAACACACGGGCGCCGAAGCUGAAUAAGAGCGUGCAGACGCUGCUCUUCACUCUCCUCGAGUCGUCCGACGGCCCCGCCGCGGCACCGGACGGCCUCUGGGCCGCAAAACUCACCCGCGAGCUCUGGCGCCGCUCGAUCUGGGACGACGCCCGCUCGGUCGAGAUCAUGAAGAUAGCUGCUCUGCACGGAAACACUAAGGUCUCGAUCGCGGGGGUCAACUUCUUCCUCGGCGAAGACCGCGAUCGCGAGAAAGCGCUGCGCAAGAAGCGCGGGCUGGAUAGCGACGACAGCAGUGACGGCAUGAGCAGCGACGACGAAGACGGCGCGGUGCCGAACGUGGGCGAGAUUAAGCACAAGGUCGGCGUGAACAAGAAAACCGGCAAGCGCGCGCGCAAGCUCGAAAACGCAGUCAAGGUGCUCAAGAAGAAAGAGGAGACCAAGGGACUCGAGGCGCAUCUCAAUUUCUCGGCAAUCCAUCUCCUGCACGAUCCCCAGGGUUUUGCCGAGCGUCUCUUCUCGCAAACGCUGAGCAGGAGCAGCGGCAACAAGUACACGCUCGAGCAGCGCAUCCAGAUCCUCAACCUGGUCUCGCGUCUGAUCGGUGUCCACAAGCUCUCGGUCUUGGGCGUAUACUCCUACCUUCUAAAGUACCUGACGCCCAAGCAGCGCGACGUCACGCAAUUCAUGGCCUGCGCUGCCCAGGCCUCGCACGACCUCGUCCCGCCCGACGCACUCUCACCCGUGAUCCGCAAGAUCGCCGACGAAUUCGUCUCGGAUGGUGUAGCGCCCGAAGUCGCCGCGGCGGGCAUCAACACGAUCCGCGAGAUCCUGACGCGAAACCCGCUCGCGAUCGACCAGGACCUGCUCCAGGACCUGACGCAGUACCACAAGUCCAAGGCCAAGAGCGUGAUGAUGGCCGCGCGGUCGCUUAUCAGACUGUACCGCGACGUCGCGCCGGAGAUGCUGGCGCGCAAGGAUCUCGAUAAGAUCUCUGCGAUGGAGAUGAGCGCGAACGCGCGCGCGGGUAUCGAAAAUAAGAAGCUGCAGUACGGUGUCGAGAACGUGGUCGAGGGCAUUCCUGGUCUCGAGCUGCUCGAGCAGUGGCGCAAGGAGCAGGGUCUUGAUGUUGCUGAGCCGGGCGAGGACGGCAAGAUUGUGUCGAAAGAUGACGGGGAUGAUGCUGCGUGGAACGUCAAGGACGCAGACGACGAGGAGGAAGGGUGGAUUAAUGUCGAGAGCGAUAAAGAGUACGAAGUCUCUGAUGCCGAAGGAGACGACGACAAGGACUCUGACGACGAAGCUCAGGAUGAUGAUGACGACGACGUCGACAGCGACGUUGAAGAAAACGCGCAAGUUAAAGAACGGGCAACCGAGGAGCCCGAAGCCAAGCGCGCGAAGCUCGACCCGAUGCAAAGCCUUAUGGCGACGCGCAUUCUCACGCCCGCCGAUUUCCAGAAACUCGAGGAACUCCGCCAGAAAGCGGGUAUCGACAAGAUUCUGCACGGCUCGAAAUCCUCCACCAUGACGCGCCACCAGGACACGGUUGACGCAAACAGCCUGAUUGGAACACGCUCGACGAGGGCGGAUAAGGAUGAGCGCAUGGACACGGUGAUGGAGGGUCGCAAGGACCGCGAGUUUGGAUCGAAGAAAGGCAAGAAGCUGGAUUCGAAACCGCAUAGUACGACAAAUAAGGAGAAGGCUAGGAAGAAGAAUUUCAUUAUGAUGAUCCAUACGCGCGAUAUCCAGGGCAAGAACAGAAAGAGUCUGCGCGAUAAGCAAAAGUCGCUCAAGGCGAAUAUCGAGAAGCAAAAGAAGUAUAAUGUUAAGCAUUAAUGUUGGGUUUGUACAGUUUGUUUAUUAUAGGCAA